AUGACUAAUGGACUCUCAAACCCUCGAAAUCAUGCUUCUAGCUCGAGUGCAUCUACUAAAGCUGAAAAACGAAAAGAGUAUCAAAAAAGAUACUAUGCUGCACGCAAAGAAAAUAACAAAGUAUCUAAAUUUGGGAGUGGUGAUGCCCCCCAAAGUGCUUCAUCAAUAUCUUUAAUGAAUAAUAGGUCAACAGAAAGGACACCGUUAAGAAGUUUACAAACUAAUAUUACUCAAUUUCUACAAACAACAAAUGAGAACGCCUCAAGUGUUUCUACUACAAAAUGCAAGGAGUACAAUGAAGGAUGUUCUAAUACACCAAACGAUAAUGGAAUGCGUAUUUCAAAUGGCAGUCAAGUCAACCAAACCCCGAUAGAUGAUGUAAUUGACGUAGUCAGGCAUAGAACAUCACGAGGUAUUCAAAUUCAUCCGCGUACUUUAUUACCCCAAUUUGCUGAAGUAGUUGAUCAACCUUCCCUCCAACAUGGGAGCGUAGAAGAUGAUCCUUAUAAUUUUGUUUACAAUGGUGUACCUGGAGAGCAUCGUGUUUUAAAUGAACGAGGCGCAUGUCCUAAUUGUGGAGCAAAACGAUUUCAAUUUGAAUUUGAUACCUUUUGUUGUAUGAGUGGGAAAACCGUGUUAGCAAACUUAGAAAUUCCAGAGGAAUUGUACCGACUUUUCACGUCUCAAGAUGAAAUUGGAGAUUUGUUUAGGCAAAACAUCCGUGCUUAUAACACCAAUUUUUCUUUUGCCUCAAUGGGUGUGACAUUGGAUGAUACAUUGAACAAUAUGAGAGACGGCGUAUAUACUUUUCGUGCACAUAAAGGAAUAUAUCACAUAAUCGACCAAUUAGUUCCGAGGGAUGGGACUCCUAGGUACUUGCAGUUGUAUUUUUACGAUCCUGAUACUGAGUUAGAUCACAGACUCCGAUGGCCAAAUCUUGAUCGGCGUAUUACUCAGAUUUUAACACGCGUUCUUUCUACAAACCCAUAUGUCGAUACAUUUAGAAGACUUGCGGAACUAGGACCUCUGGACAACUAUAGAGUCACUUUGAAUACUUCGGUUGAACUUGACCAAAGGGUGUACAACCGACCAACGACAUCGGAGGUUGCUGGUAUUUGGGUUGAAGGUAAUGACAAUAUCACUUCGUAUAAACGAAGUAUUGUAGUGUACGGUAGGUCUGAAUAUAGACAAACUAUUCAGCCGUACUUCAGUUGUUACGAUCCAUUGUCGUAUCCUUUAUUUUUUCCUAAUGGUGAGUCGGGUUGGCAUGCUAACAUACCACGUCAAGGAGUAUCAAUCAAUGAGGUUCGCAACAAUGACAACAUCGAAGGAGAAAUGGAAGAGGCUAACACACGAAGUGGUAGAACAACCGUGGCUAUGCGAGAGUACUACUGUUACAAGUUCCAGAUUCGAUCUACCGAUAAUGUGCUUUUGUUCGGUGGUAGGCUGCUACAGCAGUUUGUGGUUGAUGUUUACAUCAAAAUUGAGACGUCACGCUUAGAAUUUUGUGAGAGAAACCAGGAAAAAAUUCGAGCCGAAUUGUACCAAGGUAUUGUGGAUUGCGUCAAUACUGGCGAGGUUCAUGCAAACAGAGUCGGGAAAAGAAUUGUGUUGCCUGCAUCUUUUAUCGGGGGGCCUCGCGACAUGCGACGUCGGUUUCUAGAUGCGAUGACGUUAGUUCAAGACGACGGCAAGCCUGAUGUAUUCCUUACAAUGACAUGUAAUCCUAAGUGGCCUGAGAUAUGUGAUAACUUACAUGUUGGUCAAACUGCUACAGAUCGUCCAGACCUUGUUUCAAGAGUGUUCCGGGCUAAAUUAGAAGAUCUUAAGGAUCAACUCUUCAAGAAACAUGUCCUCGGGGAAGUUAAGUCAUACGUCUAUGUCAUUGAAUUUCAAAAGCGGGGUUUGCCGCACGCACAUUUUCUCCUAAUCAUGUACCCGCAACACAAGAUCAAUAACGCGGACCAUUAUGAUAAGGUUGUGUGUGCUGAAAUUCCUAACAAACUAACACAUCCCAGAUUGCAUGAGAUGGUUGUCAAGCACAUGAUUCACGGUCCUUGUGGCAAUUUACGAUCAAGCAGUCCUUGUAUGCAGGGUGAUCCUAAAAUUUGUCGUUUUCACUAUCCUAGACAAUUUAACGAACAGACGACACAAGGAGAAGAUUCGUAUCCGUUGUAUCGAAGGAGAGACACCGGGAUAGAAGUGGACCUACGAGGACAAACACUUGAUAAUAGAUGGGUGGUCCCAUAUAACCCAAGGCUUUUGAUGAUGUUUAACUGCCACAUGAAUGUUGAAGUUUGCUCAAGUAUAAAAUCUGUGAAAUAUCUUUUCAAAUAUGUUUAUAAAGGACAUGACAAACAGGUUAUUCAAGUCGAUCAAAGUGAGCCAGGGGUUGUUAUUAAUGAGAUAAAAAGAUUUCAAGAUGCACGCUACAUAUCGCCCCAGAGGCUAUGUGGCGAAUUUUUUCCUUCUCUCUUUCUCAAAUCUUUCCUGCUGUUCUAG